AUGCUUAAAAGUGUUUCGAAAUCCAGAAUUGGAACAGAUCCUUUCAAGAUGUGGUCGUUGGUUGUACUAUCGUUCUGUCUCUUCAAUGCCGUCCGAAGUCAAUGUACGAUCAAUGUGAAAACUGAUCUCACCUUUCCGGAACCCGUGUUUCUGAAGAACGGUAAUCUUUGGAUACCGAGCAGUGGACAACUUGUUUGGGCAAUUGGGGAAUCGAAUGUUGUAGCAUGCCCGAAGAACAACGUCGUCAAUACUUUACUGGACAAAGCUUUGAUCACAUGUGUUGGUGGCAGCACGUUCCUACUAAACGGCCUUCCCGUCAACGUAUCCAGCAUUGUUUGCACCAAAGCUGUGACUGGAGAUCAUCAAUCGACCAGCGAAGGAUGUGGCAACGGUGGUACGAUACGCAACAUUGGAUUUGAUGUAUCUGGAAUAGGGUUUGUUAAGCAUUUUUCUGUGUGUUACAAUGCGCAAACUGCGUCUGCCAUCUACACGAAACACACCAUCAAUGGUGAUUCGAUUUCCGCUAGUAUAGUGGAGUCCUAUCGUCCAUCGUUUAAAGUUACCGGAGUUCCCAGCACUGUUCUGGUGGACACUUCUUACACCAUCAAGUCGCAACAAACGCGACUAGCGGAACUGCUGGGUUCUUCAACGCAAGCGGCCAAAUUUGUAAACACCGUGUCCUACCUGGCACGAGGACACAUGACACCGGAUGCAGAUGGUAUAUUCCGUACGUGGCAAUGGGAUACCUACUUCUACGUCAAUGUUGCGCCACAGUGGCAGAAGGUGAACGCCGGUAACUGGUUGAUCGUUGAAAAGAUCGCUCGAAACAUUGCCGAUCGGCUACAGAACGAUGUAACAGUGUACACCGGAACGUUUGAUACCCUAACGCUGCCACACGCAAAUGGCACCCAGGUUCCAAUCACGCUCAGUGCGAACGGCAUUACGGUUCCAAAAUGGACAUGGAAAGUUAUUAAGUCGCCAAGCGCAAAUGCCGCAAUUGCUUUCGUCACCAGCAACGAUCCGUACCGAACAUCGAUUGCGCCAGGUGAACUCUUGUGUUCGGAUAUCUGUCGCGAGUAUGGCUGGUACAAUGAUUCGUUCGAUACGUUGGCCAAGGGAUUCACCUACUGCUGCAGCGUUCAAAGUUUGCUAGCUAAAGUAGACAGUGUUCCGAUCGAAGCGAUAGCUGCUAAUGUACUGCCGUUUUAA